AGCGGAACUUUUAUUUGAAAGCCAUUAAACAGUUGUAAAAAUGGAACUCUAUUGAAAUAAGUAUAUUCGCUCUAAUAAGGGACAGCAGGAGUUUAUACCGGGGUUGCAGAAACGUCACAUCCUCUUCCCGUUUAGGGGCCUGCAAGAAAAAGACAAACAAGGCGCGUGUAGCACUACUAUGUCGUUUUGAGCAAACCUCACGGAUUUGGACAGAAGCCGUGUUUAAUAAAAAACACUAUUAAUUUUAUGAGCAAGAAUCCUCAAGGUUGCAUGAGUGAGUUUCCGUCUUCCAGGCCUCAGUGAUGCCUGCGGGGAACCAUGCCCAGCGUGUCCUGUCCUCCCUCAACCAGCAAAGGUCCGGAGGGAGGUUCUGCGACAUUCUCUUGAGCGCGGGCGGCGGCGUGGUCCUCAGCGCCCACCGGAACGUCCUCGCCUGCUUCAGCGAGCUCCUCCAGCAGUCGGACGAGCCCCCUGGCGAGCCUUGUUUCCAGGUCUCUCUGAACGAGUGUCCAGGUGAUGGUCUCCAGCUGCUGCUGGACUACUUCUACACUGGAGAGUUGAAGCUGGACUGUGAGAACUUGGAGAAGGUCCAACAUGCUGCGGCCAGUCUGUGUGUUCCUGAAGCAUUUCUGCUGUGCCAGAAGUUCAAGGAAAACUCUGCAGGUGUUGCUCCUGUCAAAAGGAAACGAGGGCGGCCAAGAAAGGCAGAUUUAGAACUGAACCUGGUUCCAGUGUCCAAAGAGGACUUCACCUCUGAUGCAGUCAGUUACGCUACAAGCAGUCCCCCAGCUCCAGCCACCACCACACGCUCUGGUCGGGUUGUGCGAGGACCCAGGAGGCUCGAGACAGAGGAUCUCAGUGCUGCUGCGGAGCUCGCUCCUGUGGAGGAGGAGAGUGAUGAGCUUCCUGAAAACACAGAGCUGGAAAAGACAGUGGUGCCUGAAGUGAGUGCAGACACAGAGGGGGACGAAGACGCUGGCUUUGCUGUGACGCCGGAAGAUUCAGGGGACGAAUACGAACCACCAGACGAGACAAGUAAAUCAGAAAGAGAGGCUGCAGCCGCAGAGUCUUCCAGCACAGAGCCGGCCCUGUGUACCGUCUGUAACAAAACCUUCAAGAGCAAAUAUUAUCUCAAAGUCCACAACAGACGGCAUACGGGCGAGCGGCCAUUCAAGUGUGAGAAGUGCGGGAAGAAAUAUUUCCGGAAGGAGAACCUGCUGAUGCACCAGAUGAGGAACUGCUCCAUGUCUCAGGCGUUCACCUGCCCAAAAUGCUCGGCCGAAUUUGAGGGGAAAGAGCAGUUGCGUGUCCAUCUGGUGUCUCACACUGGAGAGAUGCCCUACAAGUGCUCCUCCUGUUCUGAGCAGUUCAUGUACAAGAGGAACUUGACGUUUCACUUGACCAAGAUCCAUGGUCACCCCAAACCUCAUGCAUGUCCUGAAUGUCCCAAAACAUUCCUGAACCAGUCGGAGCUGCGACUGCACCAGGCGGCCAAACACAGAGGGGAGAAACCCUUUGUGUGUGAGCAGUGUGGCCAUCGAGCGUCCAGUAGGAAUGGACUCCAGAUGCACAUCAAAGCCAUCCACAGGAAGGAGCGUCCCUUUGUGUGCCACUUGUGUGGCCACGCCUUCUCGCAGAAGAACAACCUGAACAUGCACCUGCGAGUCCACAGCGGCGAGCGACCGUACCAGUGUCACCUCUGUGGGAAAACCUUCCGCACACAAGCCAGUCUGGACAAACACAACCGCACUCACACCGGCGAGCGGCCCUUCACCUGCGACGUGUGUGAUCAGCGCUUCACGGAGAAGGGGGCGCUGGUGCGCCACAAGGCCUGCAAGCACGAGGAGGGCGAGCCGCACAUCUGCAGCAUCUGCAGCAAGAAGUUCAAAGCCCAAGUUCAGCUGAGAGUUCACAUGCGGCGCCACAAGGGCAUGAGGAAGUUCGAGUGUGAGGACUGUGGAUACAAGUUCACUCGACAGGCCCACUUGCGUCGCCACGUUCUGAUCCACAAACGCAACGAGAACUACAACCCACGGCAGAGGAAGCUGCGCAACAUCGUGGUGGAGGAGGAGGACAGUCCCUUUGAGAGCGAUGAGGCGUCUGGAGACUCCCCGGACGGCAGCGACAGCGUCCAGGAGGUGUCCCAGGGAGAGUCCAGCUUGACUCCCGCUCUGACUCCAUCAGACUGCAUCGUCCGAGUGGUGAUCGAAUCUGGCGAAGGCACCACAGAGGAGGUGGUGUCUGAGAACCUGAGCUACGAGACCACCAUCGACAUGAGUGAAAUCAGUGUGGACAUGGGAGACGAGUGAUCCAAUUGUGUUUACCGUGCUCAACCGGACUUCUUCUGCCUUCGACGAGGAGGAAACCGAGAGGCAGGUCACACCUGCAAACAGUGGCGUGUGGUGGAAAAAAUGAUGUUUCCACCUGUAUAUAGUGUUAGCUGUUGAACACAAGUGCAAAUGCUGAUUAAAAAGGUCACAAUCAUAAAAUGAAAAAACGGUUUGACUUACACUCAGAAACACUGAACGAGCAUUCAGCCAUUUAUUAACUGGAAUUACUCACCAGUAUGAAAAAUGUAUCCAAAUAAAAUGCUGCAUAAACUGUUGCUGUUCCACCAAAAUGAAAAGCACAAAGGAGAUUUUGAGUUUUUUUAUUACAACAUACUCCGAUAGCAUAAGUUGCACUAGCUAUUGAUAUAAAAAUACAUAUGCACACGUUUGCUGUAAACUACUGUUCAAAGGUUGGAAGUAGCAGCGAUCUAAUGCCAGCGGUUGAAAGAGGAACUGCGUUCACACGGGGAGACUGUCCAGUUGUGGUGUGACUCCAGCGGCUACAGCACAAACACAUUAAAUAUCAACCCAUUCAAACAUAUAAAACACUUCAUGCAUAUUCAGUUGCAGGUUCAAAACUCAUGGCAUGGUGGUGGAGUUCGUGCAACCGACUCAACGAUGCUUCCAGCAUGGCUCAGCAACUUCAGUAAACAAAGGU